UUCUUUAGACCUCACAGAACCUUCAAGCAUCGAUGUUCGUCUCCUUGCUAAAUCCCUCAUCGCGUCUGCGGUCAUGCAGUAUACCAGUACUGCACUUGCCAUGCCUCUCGAAGUCGGCAAGUUACUCCUUCAGAUUCAGUGGCUACCCCGAGAAACGGGAGAAACGGAGAUGUCCCAAGUAGUGCAAGAGAAGGAGCCAGAAGAAGAACAGUUUAGCGAGUCGUCCGAUGAUGAAUCCUACUUCGCCGAUCCCUCAGGUAAUACAGUGCCCAGGAAUCGAACGCCGCGCAUUGUAGACGACAAUGGAUACGUAGUGAGGACGUCCAUUUUGGAUGAGGGGACACGGCCGGAGUACAUCAUUCCGCCAGGGACCGCAGAUACUACAUGGGCCAUGGUGAAACGAAUUGUCGCCUUCCAGGGAGAAGGGUGGACAUCUUUAUGGAAAGGUCUUUUGACGUCCUGCAUCCAUGACGUAUUGUCCUCCAACCUUCAACCAGUGUUGGACAACUUUCUUCAAUCCCUCUUCCUCUCUGCGACGCCUGACUUCUCCGGGCCACCACUGCUCCUGCCAGUGCUCUCCCAUGUCGUGACCGGCUUCCUACUCUCCCCGUUAGACCUCGUCCGAACGCGUCUCAUUGCCCAGUCGGCGAUGCAGCGCCACAAGACAUACACCGGGCCCAUACAUGCCCUUUCGCACAUUAUCACUCACGAAGGUGGCCUCAAGGGCAUCUACUUGCACCCGCACCUCUUCAUCCCCACCCUUCUCGACAACACGCUUCGUCCGCUCCUGCAUAUCGUGCUCCCCGUGUACAUCGCCCGAAACAUGGGCAUCGGCCCGCACGUAGCGGCAGACACGUACCCCGUGGUAUGGGGCAUCGCCGAGCUCCUGGGCAACUGCGCAUCGCUGCUCGUCACACUUCCCAUUGAGACUGUGCGCAGGAGACUGCAGGUUCAGACCCGCGGGACAGCGAAGCCGCUGCAGACGUGUGUGGAGACGCGGCCCGUGCCGUACAACGGCGUCGUCGACGCGAUGUGGCAUAUUAUCUCUGAGGAGAGGUCGGAUUUGCCUCUCAAAACCGAUCGCAAAAAGCGUACUGAGGAGGAAGCCGAGAACGACAACUGGCGGAGACAUACCGGCAUUGGACAGCUAUAUAGAGGUUUGGGCAUGCGUCUCAGUGCAAGCGUCAUCGUCUUCUUACUGUCCACCGUUAACGGGGACGAGACGGACGCAGGUUGGGCAGAGCUAUGAUGAGUGCAGAUAUGUAUUAUUCUUCGCAAGUAGCAUGACUAGGACAACACAUCUCAGGUAUAUUGGUUUCGACUAAUACGGAGCAAAG